GUCUCCCUCCCAGAGAGCUGCAGGCGGCCCGCCUGAACAGGAAGCUGAUGUGAUACCUGAGAUGGAGAACCGGGCUUGAUAUCUGGAUCGGCCAUCUUCCCCACAAUGGAGCGUGUGGUUCUGUGCAUGCUGCUGUGUGCAGCCCUAGCGAGGGGCUACAGCUGUCCCGGCCGCUGCAUCUGCCAGCACCAGUCCCCCACGCUCACCUUGCUCUGCGCCAAGACGGGCCUGCUGUUCGUCCCGCCCACCAUCGACCGCAAGACGGUGGAGCUGCGGCUCACCGACAACUUCAUCACCGUCAUCCGCAAGAAGGACUUCGUCAACAUGACCAGCCUGGUGCACCUCACGCUGUCCCGCAACACCAUCAGCCAGAUCACCCCGCACGCCUUCCUCGGGCUUCGCUCGCUACGGGCGCUGCACAUGGACGGCAACCGCCUCAGCGCCCUCAAGAGCGACCACUUCAAGGGGCUGGUCAACCUGCGCCAUCUAAUCCUGGGGAACAACCAGAUCCACCUGGUGGCGCCCACCUCAUUCGACGAGUUCGUGGGCACCAUCGAGGACCUGGACCUGUCCAACAACAACCUGAGGACCCUGCCCUGGGAGGCCAUCGGCCGCAUGACCAACAUCAACACCCUGACGCUGGACCACAACCUCAUCGACCACAUCGGGGCGGGCACCUUCACGCUGCUCACCAAGCUGGUGCGGCUGGACAUGACCUCCAACCGGCUGCAGAAGCUGCCGCCUGACAGCCUGUUCCAGCACGCCCAGGUGCUGUCGGACGCCAAGGGCUCCAACCCCUCGUCGCUGGCCGUCAGCUUCGGCGGGAACCCGCUGCACUGCAACUGCGAGCUGCUGUGGCUGCGGCGGCUGACGCGGGAGGACGACCUGGAGACCUGCGCCUCGCCGGAGCACCUGAUGGACAAGUACUUCUGGUCCAUACAGGAGGAGGAGUUCAUCUGCGAGCCGCCCCUCAUCACCAAGCACCUGGCCACCAAGCCGCACGUGAUGGAGGGCCAGGGGGUGACGCUCAAGUGCAAGGCCAUGGGAGACCCCGACCCUGAGAUCCACUGGCGCUCGCCCGACGGCAAGCUGGUGCAAAACAACUCGCGCACGGUGCUGUACGACAACGGCACGCUGGACGUGCUCAUCACCACGCUGAAGGACAGCGGCGCCUUCAGCUGCGUGGCGUCCAACGCGGCGGGCAUCGCCACGGCCGCCGUGGAGAUCAACAUGAUCCCGCUGCCGCUGCUGGUCAACAACACGGGCCACAUGCGCGAGGACCCCGGCCUCUCCGACAUCACCACCUCGGCCAAGUCGGGCAACGACACCAAGGGCCAGGAAAAGCAGGACCGGCGCGUGGUGGUGGCGGAGCUCACCUCCUCCUCCGCGGUGAUCCGCUGGCCCUCCGAGCGACACAUCCCUGGGAUCAGGAUGUACCAGAUCCAGUACAACAGCACGGCCGACGAGACGCUGGUGUACAGAAUGAUCCCGUCCACCAGCAAGACGUUCCUGAUCAACGACCUGGCGGCGGGGCGCGAGUACGACCUGUGCGUGCUGGCGGUGUACGACGACGGCAUCACGUCGCUGACGGCCACGCGCGUGGUGGGCUGCGUGCAGUUCCACACGGCCAGCGAGGUCACGCAGUGUCGCUUCAUGCACAGCCAGUUCCUGGGGGGCACCAUGAUCAUCAUCAUCGGGGGCAUCAUCGUGGCCUCCGUGCUGGUCUUCAUCAUCAUCCUCAUGAUCCGCUACAAGGCCUACAGCAGCCCCGAGGACGUGAAGGCGGGCUCCUCCUCACUGCGCUCCCACCUGCACCACCAACACCACCAACACCACCAGGACCAGCAGAGGCAGCAGCAGCAGCAGCUGCACCAGAGCCGCAUGCAGCGCUCGGGCUCCAAGCAGCCCUCCGAGGACAGCCAGACGGGGGACGGGCCGGGGGGCACCCGGGAGUGCAUGGCGCUGGUGCUGAGGGCGGACCACCAGGACCCCGACCAUGAGACGGGCGACCCGGGCGGGACCUCGGCGGCGGCGGAGGCGGAGCAGGCCCAGCAGCCGACGCCGGAGCGCUUCCAGAGGCGGAGCAGCCUGGACGGGCUGCGCUCGUGCCCGCUGUCGGAGGACACGCAGACGGACAGCAGCCUGACGGGCUCCACCAUGUCCCUGUGUCUGAUCGGCCCCAACGCCGGCACCAAGGAGGCCCCGCGCCUCAAGGACAAGCGGGGCGGGCUGGCCGGCGUGGGGCUGCUGCCCAACGAGCUGGCACGAACUAGGCACCGCUUCUCCUUCGACGGGGGGGACUACUCCAUCUUCCAGAGCCACAGCUACCCGCGGCGCGCGGCGCGGGCCCGCUGGCACAAGUCCACCAACCAGUUGGACACGGAGGCCUCGCCGCUGGCCAGCCGCAGAGUCACGUUCAGCAGCACCGAGUGGAUGCUGGAGAGCACCGUGUGA